CCUUCCGCCUUCGCCCCUCCGUUCUACAAUCGGCCGCCUACGCCGUUGCCGCCUUCCCCAUCCUUGACAUCACUGUUGAGGCCUCUCACAGCGCAGAACAGCAGACCUACCACGCCAGACCCUUCCAGCGAUGAAGGCACAGCGCAUACUCGUGGUGAUGUGACGGGCACACAAACACCAAAUUCCGCCGCUGCCUCGACACUAACGAGCACCUUCCGCUCUGCCAAGCCGAUUCCUCGCGCGAGCCCCCGUGUGCCUACUUACGAGUACUACGGCUUCACACUCUACUUGACCAGUAGCUUGGCGUUCAUUGUGUAUCUGCUGUGGAGCUUUUUGCCGUCUCCAUUCCUGCACCAGCUGGGCAUUUACUACUACCCCAACCGAUGGUGGGCUCUAGCAGUUCCCGCCUGGACGGUCAUGCUUGUCGUCUACAUUUAUGUCGCUCUGGCCUCCUACAAUAUCGGAUAUUUGACUCUGCCUCUCAAGAGUGUGGAAUGUCUUGUUGAUGAGGCAGCCAAUGUGGCUGUUGUAGACGCAAACGGCAAGAUUAUGCCUGGUGGCAAAGGCAGGAAUGCACACAGCAGGCAAUCGAGCAUCACAAAAGUACAGCCGCUCAGCCCGGAGCUCGAUUGGCGUAAUUUGUGGAAUGAAGGGACUGACGCAGUGAUGGACAUACCAAUUGGAGGCGUUUGCGAGAUUCUGUACGGCGCUGACGAU